AUGACAGAUCCGUCAGUUGUGGAUCACCUGACACGACUGAAACUCAAACUCCUAGAAAAGAGACUAGAAAAUGAACAGGAGAAUCUGGAGAAGAUGGAGUCACCUCUCCCAGCUGCAAGGAACAGAUGUGAGGAUAUGUUCCAAAGUGCCCUAAAGCGAAGGAAAGAUCUCCUGCAGGAGCUUAGGGAGCAGCAACUUCUGGAAGAGCUUUCACAGCCCCCUGCACCAGCUGGAGGGCACUGUUAUAACCACAGAGCUGCCCCCCUGCAUGUCUACCAGAUACCUUUUCCAGCUCCCCAAGCAGAGCCACUGAGGAUUAUCCAGCAGACAAUGCCGCCUCAGCCUGCCACCAUCAUCCAGCAGUUACCUCAGCCACUUCCCCUCAUCACGCAGAUCCCCCCUGCCCAGCCUUUUGCAGCCCCCCACUCCGGAAGCAUUAAAGAAGACAUGGUAGAGAUGAUGCUGAUGCAGAAUGCUCAGAUGCACCAGAUCAUCAUGCAGAACAUGAUGCUGAAGGCUCUGCCACCGAUGGCAUUCACACAGUCUGCUGGAGCCAGCUCUCCCCUGCUUCAGCAUGCACAGCAGGACCUGCACUUUGCUGCUCCUCUGGCUGUGAAAGCAGACAGGCCCAGGCCAUCUGCAGUCCACCACCACCACCACUACCCUCCUACAGGGGUGCUUCCAGUGCCCCAUGGGGGCUUCCCAUCCACAUCCACGGCACAUCGUUGGACCAGCAGCAUUCUCCCUACCCUGCCUAUAUGGUGGGGUGUUAUGGAGGAGUUGAUUGAGCUCCCACUGCAGGAGGCAGUGGGUGCAUUGAAUGCCUGUUUCUUUGCUAGACGAGGUUUCUGUGUUGACGUUUAUGAAGCCAGAGAAG